AUGACGUACCGUGUCUUGGGCACUUGGGAUCAAGUAGCGCCAAGGGCAUACAUACGUCUUUGGUAUUGUUUUCCUUGCGAGGAAACUGCAAGUCUCAAUGAUCUCAAGGAGUAUCUAAAACCAACUCUAUCCACAUUGUCCGAAAUCUUCCCAGAUCUAAAGGGUAGAAUAUCCCUGCUCUCAAACCCACCAGGUUGCCUUGCUAUUAGUUCAGCUGAUGAUACCGCUAUUCCACUCAAGGCUUCUGAUCAGCGAGAUACAUAUGGAUGGACGUACAGCAAGCUCAAGAGUCAAGGUUUUCCAGCAAAAGCUUUUAUUGGCGAAUCUUUUGACCCUUCCUACAGGCUUGUGGAAGGACAACCGGGCAUUCCGUCUUUUGAAAUCAAUAUUCGUCUGAUCAAAGGGGGACUGCUUCUUGGUAUCUAUGGCCAUCAUUCUAUUUUUGACGCUGGUCAUAUGCAUACAGUCAUCAAGGCCUUCGCUAAACUCACUAAUAAUAACACUAGAAUGGUUGACAUUGCGACUUCUAUCAACCCAAACACUGAAUCGCGAGUAGUUGAGAAUGACGUAACUGAGGUGCAGCCAGCUAUGGACUUCGAGGAACUCCUUUCACGCUGUCCUGAGUAUCGCUUUCUUUCCUAUCCGCUUGGCCCAACACAGUUUCGUGUCCCAGAAAGUGGCAUGCAAUCGAUUGAUAUUCAGAACACUGGCCGUAUCUUUGUCAUUGAAGAUCAGCUCCUUUAUGAUCUGAAGAAGGAGCUAACUCAUGUAUCAUCGAUCAAUUCUCAAACGUACCACUCUUCAACAUUUACUUGUCUUACAGCAAUUACAUGGGCACACGUCACUAAAGCCCGUUUGUCCAGUAAUGGUAGUCUUUCUUCCUUGUCAUCUACCGAAAUAUCAUUCCCGAAAGAGGCACGCCUAAUGAUAUCUGUUGACUGGCGACGACGCAUAUCCACCAAUGCUGCGAGCAACAGCGCUGGCAACACAAUUGCCCUCCCCAUUGCUUCAGUCAGAAUUCAAACUAUAUUAGCGGCAUGUAAUAGCGAUCGCGUUGUCGCUUGUUCUGCUCUAGCAGAUAUUGUGCUUGCCAUUGAGCAGGCUGUUCUCAGCGUUGAUGACGACUUCGUGGCUUUACGCACUGCUCUUUUCUGCGCAAGCCCAGAUUUGCGAUUAAUUGGGCUUGACUUCGAUCUGUGUGAUCCACUGGAUUUCUACUUUAAUACUUGGCGACACUUUGGGACUCAGACUUCUUGGGGACUACCGGGACUGGCUAACCAAGAGCUCAACGGCGGUUUUACAGCAGACGCUAUACGAAGGGCCCAGGCUAGCUUCGCUAAUGGGGCGGGCUUAGUGUUGCCAGCAACGGAUAGGACUGGCUUUGAGAUAGUUUUAACAUUGGAUAUUAAUGCAAUGGAGCUUUUGUGCACUGAUCCCAGCUGGUUACACUGGGUUGAGCAUACUGUUUAUUAA